AAUUCCUCCAGAAUCUUUCAUCAUGGUUGAAGAAAAUAACAACACAAAAGCUUCAGAAAAUGGCCAUUUGGCCAAUGCCGCCACUCCAUUGGCGAUGGCCGGCAAGGCUACUCCUUUGACUUUCUAUGAAAAUAUGAAAAGUUGGGUGGAAGCCAUUGCCGAUGUAAUGAUGUUUAUAUUAUGCUCCAUUGGCUUUAUUUUAAAGGAUCUUUACUACAUCGCAUUUGGCUAUCCCGAAAAGGAAUUAAAUAAUGACAUUGCUUUGGUGACUGGUGGCGGCAGUGGUUUAGGUCGUUUGCUGUCGGUACGUUUAGGCAAAAUGGGCACCAAAGUUGUCGUCUGGGAUAUCAAUAAACAAGGCAUUGAUGAAACCGUCAAAAUGGUUCAAGACGCUGGCGGUUACUGUAAAGGUUAUGUUGUUGAUAUUUCACGCAAAGAAGAAGUCUAUAAAGCGGCGGAAGUCUUAAGACAUGAAGUUGGUGAUAUUUCAUUGCUGAUCAACAACGCUGGCGUUGUGUCCGGUAUGCAUUUGUUAAAUACACCCGAUCAUUUAAUUGAACGUUCGUUCAAUGUAAAUGUUAUGGCUCAUUUUUGGACCACCAAAGCUUUCCUACCCAAAAUGAUUGAGAACGAAAAUGGCCAUAUUGUAACCAUAGCUUCAUUGGCUGGUCAUGUUGGUAUAACCAAAUUGGUCGAUUAUUGUGCCAGUAAAUUUGCUGCGGUUGGUUUCGAUGAAGCUUUACGCCUAGAACUGGAAGUCCUUGGUCAUACCAAUAUCCAAACCACCUGCGUCUGUCCAUUCUUUAUCCAACAGACUGGCAUGUUUGACGAUGUUAAUGCCCGAUGGGUGCCAACCUUGAAUGCCAAUGAUGUUGCCGAUCGUGUCAUUACUGCCAUAAAGAAAAAUGAAAAAAUUGCCAUAAUUCCAGGAUACUGCAAAUUCCUAUUGUCCCUUAAAUGGACCUUCCCAUGGGGCUGUGUUGGUGGUCUGCUCCGGCGUCUGGUGCCCGAUGCAUCACCACAUGGUGUUGCCCAGAAAUCCCUACUAAAUGUUUACAAAAAAUUAUCCACAUCUGCAGCACCGGCAGGCAUUACAGAUUUGUCUUCAGUUUACAAAGAUCCGGCCCUUACAAAGGCGGGAACACUGCUAAUAAAACGUUCUCCCUCAUUGGGUGAAAGAGUAUUGUAA